AUGAGUGAGCUAAUACAACCUCAUGGUGGCCAUGCUUCAGACGGCUAUGGACGUCCCAAAGAACAAGGCGCCGACUUCAGUCAUGGGAUUGCACUGUACUUGGAAAAAGUUAGUGUUUGGUUUGAUGCUUUUCGUGCCUUAAAUGAUUUAUCGCUAUACAUCCAAGAAGGGGAGCUACGCUGCAUCAUUGGGCCCAAUGGGGCAGGUAAAACCACACUAAUGGAUGUGAUUACGGGCAAAACCCGACCGACCGAAGGCUCCGCCUUUUUUGGGCAAAACUAUGAUUUGGCCAAGAUGAGUACGGAGCAAAUUGCAGAAGCAGGCAUUGGUCGUAAAUUUCAAAAACCAACGGUAUUUGAAAAUUUUACAGUGAUGGAAAACUUGCUACUCGCGGCACCAAAAGAUAAGCGUGUCAAAAAAAGCUUCUUCAGUAAACUGGAUCCAGAUGCGCAGUUGGCUUUGGAUGAGUCUUUGGCGCAAAUUCGGCUAGAAGAGUGGGUACAUAAACCUGCGGGGCUGUUGUCACAUGGACAAAAGCAAUGGUUGGAAAUCGGCAUGUUGCUUAUGCAACGUCCUAAGCUGAUUCUACUUGAUGAACCUGUGGCCGGUAUGACCGAUGCCGAAACGGAACGAACGGCUGAGCUAUGUUUAGAGUUGAAGAAAAAUCACACCUUGGUGGUGGUUGAACAUGAUAUGAGCUUUAUCGACACCAUCAGUGAAAAAGUGACGGUACUGGCUCAAGGGGCGAUCUUAGCCGAAGGUACAUUGGCUGAGGUACAGGCCAAUGAAGAUGACGUUAAGGAGCCGACCAUGUUAGAAGUCAAAGACGUCAAUCAGUUUUACGGUGGCAGUCAUAUUUUAAGAGAUGUUUCAUUUCAGGCCCCUGUGGGAGAGUGCUCCGUGGUGCUGGGGCGUAAUGGCGUAGGGAAAACCACUUUACUGAAAUGUUUAAUGGGGAUUUUACCGAUCAAGUCCGGACAGAUUUUACUUGAUGGCAAGGACAUUUCGAAAAUGAGUCCCGAGCAACGCGUGCAUGUAGGUUUGGCUUAUGUGCCGCAAGGGCGUGAUAUUUUUUCAACCUUAACUGUCGAAGAAAAUAUCCUGAUUGGCAUGGCCAAGUUUAAGGGGGCGAAAACCCGAAAAGUACCUGAGCAUUUGUAUGAAAUAUUCCCCAUAUUAAAUGAAAUGAAACACCGCCGAGGCGGGGAUUUAUCAGGGGGGCAGCAGCAGCAGCUGGCCAUUGCGCGUGCCCUAGCAUCAGAGCCUCGGGUGUUAAUUUUGGAUGAGCCUACAGAAGGCAUUCAACCUUCUAUUAUCAAAGACAUUGGCCGAGUGAUUCGUAAACUGGCGGAUGGCGGCGACAUGGCGGUGGUUUUGGUCGAGCAGUUUUAUGAUUUUGCCGAGGAGCUGGCCGAUGCAUAUACCGUCAUGGCCCGUGGGCAAGUGAUUGCGCAAGGGGCAGGCUGUGAAAUGCCUGCAAAAGGUAUUCGAGAAUUGGUAGCGAUUUAA